UUAAAGGAAUAGCACCCUUGAGGCACUGAGAUUUGUUCACACUUUCUUUUUGCCACACUUUGGAGGCUGAGUGCAUCAGAGAAAAGACCUGCCACUGAGUUUAGGUCCUGUGCACAUGAGACUUCUCCAUAAAUGACUAAGGACCCAACCAAAGUUUACACGUAUUAGCGAAUUGGAGUCUAACAUAACAUAAAGACAGGAAGACUUAAUAGCUGCAGGAUGUCAAAGGUCAUCCCAAACCACAUUGUACGGGUUGGGCAGACAGUGUGCGUUUCACCCAAGGAGGAACAUGCCUGUUUACAGCACCCAAAUGAUGGUUUAUCCUGUCACACAUUGCCAAUGCAGUGUUUUUAUUAUACAGUGGAAGGCUGGGACAGGGAGAACUUGUUGGCUGAAACCCAAGGAUGUUCACCGCCUAAGAAAUCUGUUAAAUCUACUGUAAUCAUCACACCUGUGUCCUCUCAACAUUGUGAGGACAAAUGUCAGCAGAAGGAACCAAUGGUGCCAAGUGAGGACAGCUAUCCAGUCUCUCCUACAUUGGAUAUAUCUAUUGAGAAUUUGAACCGCUUGAUCUUGGAAAUUGACCCAACUUUCAAGCCACUCCAACAGCCAGCCCAAGCAGAGAGUCCCCUCCAAGCUGUUCCACAAAACAACACCAGGGUGGUAGCAAAGCAUGAACUAGAUUCAUCAGACAUAAAAUAUAUUGAAAUGUCACCAGGCAAAACCAAGUAUCAAGAGUCUUGGCAGAGCUCAAGAAGUCCUUCCAGCACUCCAUUUUCUGUGUCUUCCCUAAACCGUGGUCGUUCAUUUCCACAUGGAGGCAACCUUGGAUAUAAUUGUGAUACUGUUGGUCACCUUUCUGGAAGCCCACAGCGUUUCUCCCCCACAGGAAGACAGUCACCAGCUUGCAUCCAAGUGUCAGAGAGUAUCUCCAUUCCACAACAAGAUCAGAAGAACUUUGCAUCCUUUGGCUCAAGUUCUUCCUUAGCUUCCUCCCCAGGUGCUGAGAAUAUAUUCAAGUUGUCACAGCUCAGGAGGAUGGCCCAGCGGUGCAGUGAGGCAUCAGUGCUUUCAACAAGUCCUGGGUCAGAUACCAGUUACAUUCUUGGAAGCAGCAGCAUCCAAUCAUUGUCCAACAAUGAGCCUGACACACCUCCCACCAGGUCAAUGGGAAGCCCCUCCUCUGUUGAAUCCCUGACAGGACCCCACAGCACAGGUUCUUCCUACCCCAGAGCCGCAUGCUCCCAGAAGGAGAAUUUUCCUCUAACUCAGCCAAACCAGAAGGGACCAACUCACAGCUACUCCUCUUCACCUGUUACAAAUUCCCUACUCCCAAUCCCUAUACUGCUCAUCAAUGGCCACCUCGAAGACAGUGAGAUGGCUACUCAAUUUUCCAGGGGUUGCUCCAGUUCCUUCAAGCAUAAGAUGCCUCAGGCCAAUUCCAGCACUUUUUCAGGAGUUAAUGGUUUCAGCAACUCCUAUUCUGAAAGCUCAAGUUUCUCCACUUCAUCUCUGGAUGGGUAUUCCAGAGAAGCUCAGACAACUAUGAAGUUUGUGAUGGACACCUCUAAAUAUUGGUUCAAACCCAGCAUCACAAGGGACCAAGCUAUCCAGCUGCUAACAGAUGAACUGCCAGGUACAUUUGUUAUGAGGGACAGCACAUCUUAUCCUGGCUCGUUUGGCUUAGCCCUGAAAGUCUUCAGCAGCAAAACAGGGGAAGAUGCUGGUAACCACAUCAGGCACUUCCUCAUUGAGUCAUCUCCCAAAGGAGUGCAUCUUAAGGGAGCUGAAGAAGAACCCUAUUUUGGGAGUCUCUCAGCAUUUGUAUAUCAACACACCAUUAUGCCAUUAGCACUACCCUGCAAACUGGUCAUUCCCAGCCAAGCUUUCCUCAGUGACGAAAAUCCAGCCAUUGGCUCAGAAGCUGCUCUUCUGGUGUCCCAGAAAGGUGCUGUUUGCAAUGUCUUGUACCUGCACUCGGUGACUAUGGAGACCCUUACCGGCAAAGCAGCAGUUCAGAAAGCUGUAUCUUCCACUUUUGAACAAGAGAUGCUGCCCACGCCCACCACUGUCCACUUCAAAGUUACUGCACAAGGAAUAACCUUGACUGACAUCCAGAGAAAGAUUUUUUUCAGACGGCACUAUCCAUUGGCUACCAUCAGUUUUUGUGACAUGGAUCCUGAAAAUCGAAAGUGGCAAAAAUUUUCGAAAACUUCAAGGAUCUUUGGUGUUGUUGCCAAGAGCCCAGCAGAUCCUGAGAAUAUUUGCCACCUCUUUGCAGAAUAUGAUGCUGUGCAUCCAGCUUCUCACAUAGUUGACUUUAUCAGGAAACUUCUACUUGAUGCCUAGGACUGCCACAGUGCUGAAAUGUCUGUUUCCAGCAAAUCCUCUGCCCUCUAUGCCAAACAAUGUUACCUCUUCAGGCUGCUGGGUUGCAUUCUGAACAG